AUGAUCAACCACUUCCCUACGCAUUACGAGCUAACCAGGAAGGACCUCUUAGUGAAGAACAUCAAGCGUUACCGCAGAGAACUGGAGAGGGAGGGCUCACAGCUGGCUGCCAGGGACGCUACAGGAAGGUACAUUCAUCUGGAUUUCCUUCCGACGACGUUUAUGCUGCCAGCGGAUUACAACCUCUUCGUGGAGGAGUUUCGACGGAACCCAAACACCACCUGGAUUCUUAAGCCAGCCAGCCGUUCCCAGGGCGUUGGCAUCUUCCUGGUAAACAAAUUGGCUCAGAUUAAGAAGUGGUCGCGGGACACCAAGAGUUCGUUUAACCCAGCGCUGGUCAAGGACACUUACGUUAUUUCUCGCUAUAUUGAGAACCCUCUCCUAAUUGGUGGCAAGAAAUUCGAUUUGAGAAUUGGUUUCACCAAUAUUUUCUUCCCCGUCCGCAGUGUAGAGCGUCACCGCAUUUUGUUUUCUGUAUACAAUGGAAAAUAUGGGAAAAUUUUGCUGACACGGUUUGUACAUGCUCCUGAUGACCCACCUGACGACCCACCUGACGACCUACCUGACUACCCACCUGACGACUCACCUGACGACUCGCCUGACGACCCACCUGAUGACCCAUCUGACGACCCACCUGACGACCCACCUGACGACCCACCUGAUGACCCACCUGACGACCCACCUAAUGACCCACCUGACAGUGUGACGGAAUACAUCAACAAGGAAGAUGUUGAGUCUUCUGAUCUCGGAGAAGUGUUCUGCAUGAGAUACGACACAUCGGGCCCGGGAAAGGACAACAUGUUUGAAGAAUACAACAGUGUCCACGGUGGUAAGUGGCCAGUGAGGACCUUACGUCUCUACCUGGAGGGUACCAGAGGCAAAGUCCGCACUGACAAGCUCUUCUCUGAUAAUUGGCUUGUAGUACACUCCCUCAGAGCCGUGGCGCCCAUCAUGGCUUCUGAUCGACACUGCUUUGAAUGUUAUGGUUAUGACAUCAUCAUCGACGACCAACUCAAGCCCUGGAUGAUCGAGGUAAAUGCCUCGCCGUCCAUGCUCACCACAGCCAACGCAGAUCAUGAAGUCAAACUGUUCUCACGGCUGGCAAAGGAGGUUCCCAUGCUGAAUCAGGAACUUACAUCUUGGCAGAAAAGUGCUCGGCAAAGAGCGUCCCAUCUAGAGAUAGAUCACUUUGCAAAAGGCUUGUCUGUGCAGUUUCCUGUUAUAGAUAGUCGGAUGCCAUUUAUGCCUUCUCCAAACCUUAUACUUAGCAGUUGCAGCCUCUCGACAACAAAGUCUCCGGCAGUAUGUGACGAAGUCACAUACUGCCUCGUGCAUUGGAACAAGGUACCGGCGCCAGAGAAGCACGGAGACUUCGAGUUGCUACUGGACGAAGAACUGUACCACAACAGCGAGCACUCGGGCGGGCAGCGCGGCAAGCACCCUGACAGACACUCAGCGCCUAGAUGGAAGUAGCAGACAGUGAAGAAGUGUGUGAGACCCACCUCCACACUUCCUCGCAUCCAGGCAGACAACUCGUCAGUGCCAGGGGGCAGCGGGUUGAAGCAGGCAGCAGCAGCAGCAGCAGCAGCAGCAGGCAAGGCAG